UACCAUGGCUUCAAAAACUGGUUCUUGUUUCGUGGUUGGUUCUCUUUUUCUCAUGCUCAUCGUUCUUUCUACUUUUUCCGAUACGGCAUCAGCACAAAAAUUUGGUAAAACUUGCCGAGAAAAUGGCGGAAUUGUUGAGCGUGCCAGCAAACUUGUUAAGGGUGCCAGUGCCACCAAAGCUGAAGCUUGCGAUGAAUGUAGAACUCUAUGCAGGGAGAAAUGUACCGAGGGAAGGUUUCUGUUGGAACAAAUGUUUUGCAUUAGAGCUCCAUGUCCACAGCCAAAUCCUCUACUAAAAAAUGGCGUAUGUAAGGUUAUAAGUUUCGGAAUAAGGAGAAUCGUCUCAUGCCGUUGCUGUUGCGUGGACCAUUUCAUACCCAACUAAGUACUAUAUUUUCCUUCUCGCCGGUUUUCCUACUCGCCGGAAUAUGAAUGUAUUUAUGUUUUCUUUUAGGUUUAUGUUGCUGGGAUUAUGCACAUUUGAGUAACAAAAUUGUAUCCAAAUAUGGUAAAUAAAUGGUUGCUAUCACGAUUGAUUGUUGUGCAAAUAUUGUGCUGAUGAUCAUUUACUA